AUGGGAGCCCACCAUUCGACAACCUCCUCUGGAGACCCCAGUGAUGAAGAGUAUCCUAUGGAUCAACACGGCGUCUUGAGUCAAUACAAGGUGGAACACCGUUUGUUUCCCGGCAGUGGUCGCAUGAUGAAGACGUAUCAACUCAAACACAAGAAUAACGAGGCAACAGCGGUUGUCAAGGCCAUGUGGAUUGACAUUUCGCAGCUCAAACAACAACUCGCCGAACAACACGACGAACUGCAACGCAUCAAAACGGCCCUCCAAGAACAACCGCACGUGGCGCCCUUUACCUAUUGGGUCCAUCAGACGGACUUUUUUGCGUCCACGGCACACAAUCUACUGCGACAACGACAACCCGUGUAUCUAUUGAGGCCGCAUGUCUACACGACACUCAGUGAUCGAUUGGCCAGUCGACCCUUUUUCACGGCCAUUGAAAAAUUGUGGAUGGUCCAUCAAAUUCUGCAGGCGUUGGAGACGAUGCAUCAACACAAAGUCUGUCACGGAUUCUUGACGACGGAAAAUGUAGGAUUGACCAGUUGGAAUUGGGUCGUUCUUUUGGAUAUUUCCAGUUACAAGGCACACACACAAUUGCCCGAUGAUGAUCCCAGUGAAUAUCUAUACUACUUUCAAGAUCAUCAUCAUCAACAAGAUGCAACACAACACGACGAUCUUACCAAUACCAACACUACCAGCAACAACCAUCCAGAUGGGAUUCACACCAAUGCGUCCAUGGAAGGCGGCAGCAGCAAAAAAGUCAGUCGCAAUCGAGAAAAACGAUGCUAUAUUGCGCCGGAACGAUUCGUGUCCUCCAAUACUGCAUCAACAUCCGAAACAACGACAACAACAAUGACUGGAAACGACGCCAAUUGUUUUUCCAAAUACAAUCAACUAACUCCGGCCAUGGAUAUAUUUUCGGCCGGAUGUGUCAUGAUGGAACUAUGGUUGAAUGGAGAUCGGGCAUUGGAUUUGGGAGACUUGCUCGAGUAUCGACGACACAAGACACUGGCUCCGCAAUCGUCGUUGCAACGAAAACUACACAAGAUUGAAUCGUCGGCAUUGCGAGCUGCCUGCAAACACAUGCUCCAUGUCGAUCCCCAGGAACGAUUGGGCGCCAAGGCGUAUUUGGAACGGUUGCAAGCGGCGGAUGCAUUGCCACAAGUCAUGGAAACGUGUUUGGAACCGCUCAUGGGACAAGUCUCCAAUCCACAACAUGCCGCCAGCUUGACACCCGAUGCCAGAUUGGCACUGGCAGCCGUUCACUAUGAAACCGUCUUGUGGGAGACGUUGGGUAUUCGGGAUGUCGAAGGAACGCAGUACUUGAAACGGGUGUUGGGUGGAAGUCUGGUCGAAUUGGAGCAAAUGAUGACAGGAGAACAACAACAAAAAGGAGGAGCGACAACACCGGGAGAGGCUGCUAGUAGUAAUAAGCCACGAGCCACAACACCACCCACCAAAUACAGUCCGGACGAUGUCCAGGAUUUGUUUGCCGAAACGGAAUCGCUGUUGAAAAAGUUGGAAGCAUUGGAACUUUUGGAUGAUAACGAUGCCGAAUUGCCCGCUGCUCUGCAACCUGCAUCCUCCACAACAACUGCGACCAAAAAUGCUUCAAAGAAUAACACCCAAUCUACUACUACUACAGAACAAACAACCAAACUGGCAACAGCACCCCGAUCCGCCUUGUGCAAGUCAUCCUUGUUGAUUUAUUUGCAACUCAUAUUGGCCAAUAUCCGACAUGUCCAACGACCAGCGUCCAAAUUGGUCGCAUUGCAAAUGUUGACGCGAUUGUGCGACUUUUGCGACAGUGACGAAAUUCGAUUGCAACGAAUGGUUCCCGUAUCCAUUUCACUACUCCAGGAUCAAGAUAGUUUGGUACGAGCAUCGGCGCUCAAGUUCCUGGCACAUGUGGUGGCACAAAUACAGUCGUUUCCACCCUCCGAUUCCAAAGUGUUUCCGCAGUACAUUUUCAAACGGGUCAGUCCGCUUCUCACGGACCCAAGUCUCGUGGUACGGUUGGCAUUUUGUCAAUCCAUUGCGGUAUUGGCCGAAACGGCACAGCGGUUUUUGGACAUUAGUCAUGCCGUGAGACUGUACGAAGCCAUUGGAGCUGGGAGUAGUAGCAGUGCCGGAGUGGCAGCGGCAGCCACGGCCACUAGUUCUGCUACUGGCGACCAAGGAUCCACUGGCAAAACAAAGAAAACGAAGACACCGACCAGUCCCAAUGUUUUUUCGGAUGACAUGGCCAAGUUGCUGGGAGACGACACUGCUUCCACAACUCCAAAGAAGAAGGACGAAUCUUCCAAGGAUGCCGCUGCCAGUGCUGGCAACAACAUGCAAGAAGGCGGAUUUCAUGGUGGCAAUCUUGGGGCUAGUCCGUCUGGCAAGACAUUGAUCAAUAGCACCUACCAAGAUGAAUUGUCAGCGUUGCAGGAGACUGUUUCUGCAUGGGUCAUUCACAUUACCACAGAUUUCUCCGAAUAUUCUUCUCCCAUCAAACAAGCUUUGCUGGAGAGCAAACCCGUCGUCACGUCAAACAUGGCACAUUCGUUCGGGCCACAAGAUGCAAAGACAUAUGGGCGGAGCGACGAAGCAUCAAGGUUUCGGGAACCCCACAUCUGCGGAGGUGGAACAAAGGAAGUUGCAAGUCGAGUGAUUGGAGCUGCUCUGCUGUGGUGCCACAGCUUCACGUUUGCGUUGAAGCGUAGAUCCCAAAGCGCCAAGAACCCUCGGCUCGUUCCUGUCAACAGCCAAUUGCGAUCCGUACCCAGAGCCAUGCUCGUUAGAUAG